AAGCUGACAGUAGCACUCCCUGUGCAGGCUCUUCAUGGAUCCAGGAGCCUCAGUCAGAUCUCCUGUCGCAUAGAGAAGAUGAAGACAUCCAGGGUGUGGGCUUGCAGGGCACCGGCAGAGCUGUUUCUUCUCUGUGCUGCCCUGGCAUGUCUCAGUUUGCCGGGUUCCAGGGGUGAAAGGCCACCCUCUCUUGAGUCAAAUGCAGUCAACGAGAGCCUUGCCAAGACUAGACAGACACGGAGUGUGGAUGUCACCUCAAUGCCUAUUGAUUGCGAACUGUCCAGCUGGUCCUCCUGGACCAUAUGUGAUCCCUGUCAGAAGAAAAGGUACAGACAUGCCUACUUGCUCCAGCCCUCUCAGUUCCAUGGGGAACCGUGCAGCUUCUCUGACAAGGAAGUUGAAGACUGUGUUUCCAACAGACCGUGCAGAAGUCAAGUGCGAUGUGAAGGCUUUGUGUGUGCGCAGACAGGGAGGUGUGUGAACCGCAGACUUCUUUGCAAUGGGGAUAACGACUGUGGAGACCAGUCAGAUGAGGGGAACUGCAGAAGGAUUUAUCAAAAAUGUCAGCAGGAAAUGGACCAGUACUGGGCCAUUGGCAGCCUGGCCAGUGGGAUAAAUUUGUUCACAAACAACUUGGAGGGCCCAGUUCUCGAUCACAGGUACUACGCCGGUGUGUGCUCCCCCCAUUACAUACUCAACACGAGGUUUCGGAAGCCAUACAAUGUGGAAAGCUUCACCCCACAGACCCAAGGCAAAUAUGAAUUUGCACUGACAGAAUAUGAAUCAUACUCAGAUUUCGAACACAGUGUCACAAGGACAACAAUUAGCAAGUCUAGUUUCAGCUUUGGUUUUAAAAUACCUGGGAUAUUUGAACUUGGCAUUAGCAGUACAAGCAGUAACGGCAAACAUUUCAUUAGCAGGACCAAACGAUUCUCUCAUACGAAAAGUGCAUUUCUGCAUGCACGCUCUGACCUUGAAGUAGCGCGUUACAAGCUGAAACCCAGAAACCUCAUGCUGCAUUACGAAUUCCUUCAGAGAGUCAAGCGGCUGCCCCUGGAGUACAGCUACGGGGAGUACAGAGAUCUCUUUCGCGAUUUUGGGACCCACUACAUCACAGAGGCCGUGCUCGGGGGCAUUUAUGAAUACACACUUAUCAUGAACAAAGAGGCCAUGGAGAGAGCAGAUUAUUCUCUUAAGGAUGUCCAGGCCUGUGCCAAAAAUGAUUUUAAAGUUGGAGUUGCCAUAGAAGGGGUCUACGUCAAGCUGGGUGUGUCGGUUGGCAAGUGCAAGGGCAUUCUCAAUGAGAUAAAAGACAGAAACAAGAGAAACACCAUGGUGGAUGACUUGGUUGUCCUUGUGCGAGGAGGGGCAAGUGAGUACAUCACUGCCCUGGCAUACAAGGAGCUACCGACAGCAGAACUGAUGCAGGAAUGGGGAGAGGCAGUGCAGUACAACCCGGACAUCGUCAAAAUUAAGGCAGAGCCUCUGUACGAACUGGUGACAGCCACGGACUUCGCCUAUUCCAGCACAGUGAGGCAGAACAUGAAGCGGGCCCUGGAGGAGUUUCAGAAGGAAGUCAGCUCCUGCCAAUGCGCUCCCUGCCAGGGGAACGGAGUCCCUGUCCUGAAAGGAUCACGCUGUGACUGCAUCUGUCCUGCUGGAUUCCAAGGCCCUGCCUGUGAGAUCACCAAUCGGAAAAAUGUCCCCAUUGAUGGGAAGUGGAAUUGCUGGUCAAACUGGUCUCCGUGUUCUGGAGGACAUAAAACAAGACAAAGGCAGUGCAACAAUCCACCGCCUCAAAAUAGGGGCAGCCCCUGCUUGGGCCCUGCUUCAGAAACACUUAACUGUUAAGGAGGGGAAAGCAUCUAGCAGGUGACGCUACUGUGGGCUGCACACGGCAAGGAAUCAGGCCAGCUCACCCCCCAUGCCUGCUCCCAUCUGGAGCUGGCCCAAGGUGGAGGGCUGUGCCAUUCAGAGUGUUUAGAAUAAAGAUAUUAUUUGUAAAAUGCACACUGAUUUGAACAGAUAGUAAGUUGAACAAUAAUUAUAGUCUCCUGAAGGGCUUAGGCGUCCUGGGAAUCUUCACUUUGCUCAUCUCUACAAUUUUAUUUCACUCACAUUUACUACCCGCCAGGAACUGUGUUGGGAGCUGUCUGUGUGAAAGUCCCACAAUCCACCACUGCCCUGCGCAUAGUAGGUACCCAAUAAUGAAUCCAUGAAUAGAUAUUAAACUGUUCCUGUCUUGAGGAGCACACCGUCUCAUUCAAUGUCAGUUGGCAAUUGGCGGUUCAUAUUUAUUGAAUGAUUAGUGUGUGCCAGCCACAGUGCAUUCAUUCAUUCAUUCCAUCCUCACGACAGCCUUAUAAGGUGGAUGCCUUAUCAGCCUAUUAAACAGCAGGAGAAUCGGCUUAGAAGAGUUAAGUGACUUGUCCAAAGUUAUGCAGCUAAGGAGUGGGGGGGCUGGGCUGCAAACCUGGGCACUCAAGCUCCAGGGUUUUAAACCCUUUUCUUUUAAAUUUUUAUUUAUCUAUUUGUUUGUUUAUUUAUGGCUGCGUUGGGUCUUCAUUGCUGUGCACAGGCUUUCUCUAGUUGCUGCGAACGGGGGCUACUCUUCAUUGAGGUGCACGGGCUUCUCAUUGCGGUGGCUUCUCUUGUUGCGGAGCACGGGCUCUAGGUGUGUGGUAUCAGUAGUUGUGGCUCGCGGGCUCUAGAGCGCAGGCUCAGUAGUUGUGGUGCAUUGGACCAGUUGCUCCGCGGCAUGUGGGAUCUUCCUGGACCAGGGAUCAAACCCUGUGUCCCCUGCAUUGGCAGGCAGAUUCUUAACCACUGCGCCACCAGGGAAGUCCCCAGGGUUUUAAACUUUUAACUGUGAUGCUCCCUUCCUCUCAAAAUUGGACUUUGGAUCAACAAAGAACUUUUUAUGAAAUAAAAUGUAGAAGGUGGUA